AGCACCAUCCUCUGGACCUUUUGGGGAACUCUGGCUUCCUGUUGCUUGGUUCCGCACGGUUACGCAUGCACACAGUUUCAGACGCACUUCAGUCUGCUGUUAUUUACCGUGACAGUUCAGGCUUCAACAAACAGAGGUACACUUUAAAGUUUGCUGCUUGCUUACCAUCCACCUGUGAUCCACAUCAUGUCGCUGAUGCAGCAGUUACGAGACGAGAGCGACUUUGAUCAGCUGCCUCACAACAUCCCCAUCUCUGCCACCAUCGCUGAUAUUGAGGAGAAGAAGGGUUUCAUCGACUACUAUAGGUUUGUGAUUGAGGUCAAGACUAAAGGCGGGAGUAAAUAUCUCAUCUACAGGCGCUACAGAGAGUUUUUCAACCUCCAUCAGAUCCUUGAGUUCAAAUACUCGCCUGAAGACCCUGACAAACCUGGUCCCAACACCUGCAUCCUGCCCUCUCUUCCAGGAAAGGUCUUCAUUGGCAACAAGCGUGAGAUUGCAGAGAGCAGGAUCCCUGAACUCAACAUGUACAUGAAGGGGUUGCUGGGUCAGCCAAUAUGGUUUCUGCUGGAUGAGGCUCUCAGGAUGUUUUUCUACCAGACGGACUUGGACAGUGAGCAACAGCCAAGAGCCCUCAGGCGUCUCCGCCCACCUACCCGAAAAGUGAAGACAGUCAAACCAAAGAUGGACCUCUUCUCCUCGCCCAGGGCCGAGGUGAUGUUUGACUUUCGCGGCAACGGCAAGGCGGAGUUGAACCUGAAGAGGGGAGAGGUGAUCUUCCUGCUGCAACGAGUCAAUGCCGACUGGCUGGAGGGCACACUGAACAACCAAACGGGCAUUUUCCCACAAUCCUUUGUGAAGAUCAUUAAGCCCCUCCCAGAGAGUGACUCAGAAGGGGAGGGUGGAGGCCCCGCCUACAGCUGCCUACGCUGCUUGCUGUUGACCCCCUCUGGAGUUCAAACCAGAGACGUGUGUGUACAAGAGGACCUCACCAUCCAGCCGACGUACAAGGACCUCAUGUCUCGUAUGAGGAACGUCUUCAAGGAGGAUGACAUCGCCCUGAACUACCGCGACCCCGAGGGCGACCUCAUCCGAAUCCUGGACGACGAGGACGUCCAGCUGAUGAUCAAGGAAGGCAGAGGUCAGCAGGGCAAAAUCAAGAGACCUGUCAAUCAGUUUCCAUGGGAACUGUACGUGACCCUGGUCUCUGACCUCUCUGUUUACAGCAGUGAGGCCUGAGAGACGGGGAGAAUAUGUUUCAGAUAUCAUUUAUCAUUUCUGUGGCUUUUACAUUUCACUUAAUAAUAAAGCAAUUUAAUAGAUCAUC